AUGGCUACCGUCGCAGAGAAUGGUACCCCGGCUGUUGCCGAUGAGAACUCCGCUCCUGUCACCGAGACUCAGACUGGUGAUGCCGUCACUGUUUUCCACAACCCCGAUGACUUCAACGGCGACAACUGGAACGAUUUGCUUAAGGAGGUGGUUACCUUCAGCUCUGUUGAAGAAUUCUGGGGCAUCUAUAACAACAUCACGCCGACCUCCGAACUUGGCUUGAAGGCCGACUACCACCUCUUCAAGAAGGGCGUACGACCCGAGUGGGAGGACCCCCAAAACAAGCACGGUGGAAAGUGGUCAUACCAGUUCAAGGACAAGCGCUCCGUCCCCAUCGACGAACUCUGGCUGCACGCGCAGCUGGCCGCGAUCGGCGAGACCCUUGAGAACGACGACGACAACGAAGUUAUGGGAGUGGUUGUGAAUGUGCGUAAGGGCUUCUACCGUGUCGGUCUAUGGACACGCACAGUCGGCAAGAGCAUUCAGGGCGAUAAGAACACCCGCACACAGGCGCAGGGCAAGGAGAUCCUGGAGGCAAUCGGCCAGCGGUUCAAGGACGUUCUGCGACUCAACUUGGCGGAUGUCGUCGAGUUCUCCGGCCACACCGACAGUGCACACAGCGGCAGCACACGCGCGAAGGCCAAGUACACCGUUUAA